AAAGACGGACGGGCCUCUGCGUGUCACCCGUGGAGCUGGCGCUACAAGAACAGCGCGAUUUCCCCCAUCCGAUUCUGCCGUCGUCCGACGCCGAAGCCCUACUUCGCCGUCCGCCGUCCACCGUUAACCUCUGCCUCCACUGCCCUAGGAAGCGGAGGUAGAGCGGUGACGCUUGUCGAAUACGCCCUCAUCGAUCCAUGGCUUUUGUAUCGUAGGGUUUAGAGAAGCUUGCGAGCAGAAGUCGAUCCUCGUGUGGGUUUGUAAUCAAAGAGGGUCUUUUCCAGUUGGGAGCAGCAAUGGCGGACUUCCAGACCUCUACCCAUCGGUCGAGGUGGAUCUUUUCACCUCAGGAAUUGUUGGAGAAGCGUGAGGCUGCUAACCAAAGAGCCACUAAGUCGCUCGAACAGUUUGGAGUGACACGGUUGGAAGUUCAUCUUGAUGGGUCAGUCUCAUAUGCUGAACCUAUACUUGACCAGAAAGAUAAUGCUGAGCGCUCACUUCCCAAGCCUCUUAACUGUGAAGAGGAACAACAUAUGCGUAUUUUCUAUGAGCAAAAAAUCCAAGAAGUUUGUCUAGCAUUCAAAUUUCCACACAAGAUUCAGGCAACAGCAAUUAUGUACUUUAAAAGAUUCUAUUUGCAGUGGUCUGUAAUGGAGCAUCACCCAAAACAUAUAAUGCUAACUUGCAUAUAUGCUUCCUGCAAAGUAGAAGAAAAUCAUGUAUCAGCUGAGGAACUUGGGAAAGGAAUUCAGCAGGAUCAUCAGAUUAUUCUCAAUAAUGAGAUGGUUGUUUAUCAGAGUCUUGGUUUUGAUUUAAUUGUAUAUGCUCCGUAUCGGUCAGUUGAAGGUUUCAUUGAGGACAUGCAGGAGUUUUGUCAUGCAAGGGAUGAAGAGCAGGAGAAGUUCAAGAACUUCCUGCAAACUGCUAAUGCAGAGGUAGACCGGAUAAUGCUGACUGAUGCACCUCUUCUCUAUCCUCCUGGGCAGUUGUCACUGGCUUCCUUGCAUAGGGCAAAUGAGGUGCACGGAGUCCUCGAUUUUGAAAGAUAUUUGAAUAUCCUACUAUCUCGACAGCACUCUGCGUACUCUACUUCUCAGCUAUUUGAAUCUUUGAAGUCCAUUGAUACAUUGGUAGGUAAACUUAACAUACCGACAGCGAAGGACAUGAGGCACAUUGAUCGGAAACUGAAAAGCUGCUGGGAUCCAAGCUCUCAAGACGAAAACAAGAAGCGUGAGAAAAGAUCGAAGCACAAAUCAAAAAGAACAGCAAGCGAGAUGCAAGGAGCACGUGCAUAAAUGUAGCAAGUUCUGCACUGCAGUGGAGGAUGUGCACAAUAUUGCAUCCAACAUCCUCAGUUAUUAUGAACCAUGGUCCCUACCUCUGUUUGGUGCAAUUUUUUGUGGGCCAUUUUCGUAUAUCAAUUGUGAUUGAUUAUUGAGUCAUUGUUUUGGUUCAAGUACUUGAGGUGUUGAGUCAUUUUGUGGGCACGUAUUUUAUCGAGCCAGAUGGAACCAUUUUCUCUUACAUCACAUCUGUUUCUCAGGUUCAUUCGACUUUGGCCAAUUUGAGGGAAAAAAAACUUUUGGCCUUGUU